CCACACCGAAGUUGACUUUUCCAAGUUGGCACUCCUGUGUGCAUCCUUGUCCUCAUCUAACCUCCCGGACACAUUAAUUGCAACGUCAUCGGCUGCCCAACAGCGUUUUAAGCUGAACCAACGGACCUAUCACAGCUCCUAUAAGCCUUUUAUACAUAACCGCACCUACCCUCAUGGGCCCCCCUACGGCACCCACCUUCGGUGGGCAAGUCCCCAUCGUCCCUCCUUCACCAGUCUACAAUCCCGGAAUAUCAUCCGUCUACCUAUGGCCUACUGCCGGAGCAGGGGGUGCCUUCGUUCCGUACCAGCAACAAUAUCAUUCUGGCACUACCUCAUCCCCUACCGUUCUUCCGGCGGGUGGCACGUUGAACGCACCAACAGCAACGACCACGGCUGUUCAACCUUAUCGGAGCCAGCCACCAAUGACCAUUCCUUAUCGACACCAACUCCCUGCCACCCUAUAUGACCAACACUCGACGCUCUACGCUGACCUCCCGGAUCGGAUAGGGUGGGGGUGCUAUUGUUACGAGAGAUGUUGCUUUUGCGAGUGUAGGAAGAGUUGCUAAUGUGACUCGACCCCCUUUCACCAUUUGUUUUAUUCAAACCUCUCAUUCGUUGUUGUUCACGUUUCACUGUGGUCGUCCUCCCCCCUCAUGUACCUAUACCAAUUUCCCCGUGGAUUGAAUUUUCUACCUCACCCGGGUCUCGCACUGCCAGCUAUCUCUUUCCUAUCUCUACGCCACGCAUUCGUUAAUGACGCCUGUGCAAUUAC